AUGUCUCUCUCAGCGUGCAAUGCGGUGGUCAACCCAUCUUUCGAGUCUGGCGUUCUGUUCCCCUGGCGCGCUUCUGCCGCCAACGUUGCGACUGUUAGCAAUGCAGACAGUGCUUACAGCGGUGAAUACUAUUUAAACCUGCAAACCGCCAUUGACAACGGCGGCAACACCAUCUCUCAAAAUCUCGAGAAUCUCAAGCGCGGUACGAAAUACGACUUCAGCGCAGAGGUUCAGAUCCCCGGAGAGGGCGCCAGUUACUGCUUAGUCUACGUCUACAUGGGCCGCAAUGAGACUAUCGGCCAGGUUGCCACUGAGUACGUGUCGGACUUUGAGAAGUGGGUUUCUGUUACCGGAAGCUAUACCCCGAAGAGAUCCGAGGAUCGCUUGAGCAUUAUUGCUGCGUGUGACUUCGAGGAUAAUUCGGUUACGGGCCGGGUUUAUAUUGAUGAUGUUAUUUUCGCGCCGAGUGGAAGCUGUGGGUCGAACUAG